CGGGUUAUUACGGUAAAGGCCUCCGGUCUGCGGACCACGCCCCCUCAGCUCAGACACUGUCCAUCCCAGAGACACAGAGCUGUCUCACUCCAAACUGUCCUCCUGUUGCUGUGACUGACCCAAGACACAACUGACAGGAGGUUAGGGAUCGGUUAACUUUGAAGAUCUUCCUAAGAUGUUGCCGCAGCACCUGAAACAGAUCCGAGUCCUGAUGCUGAACGGCAAAGAGAAUUUAGAGAGGACCCUGUUCAGACUUGAGCAAGGUUUCGAGCUCCAGUUCCGCCUCGGUCCGAGCCUACAGGGGAGGAGGGUCAGGGUGCACACCAACUAUCCACUUGAAGGACAGAAGUUUGAACGAAACAACUUCCGUGUUUUGGCGUGGAGCUACCCAACAGGAAGAGAGGAUGACUCUGAUAAGUACUGCUCUCUGGACCUCAAGAUCGCCGGGUCCUAUCAGUACUACUUUGGAUAUGGAGACCAAGAGCGGUCAGGAGGAGGAUACAUCGUGGUCGACCCAGUCCUUCAUGUCGGAACAGACAGUCACGUCCUCCCGUUAGACUGCAUCACUAUCCAGACCUACCUGUCCAAAUGUCUGGGACACUUAGAUGACUGGCCAGAUAGACUGAGAGUAACCAAGGAGUCAGGAUACAACAUGAUCCACUUCACGCCUCUGCAGACUCUAGGAGAGUCCAGGUCCUGUUACUCCUUGGCGGACCAGCUGAACUUUAACCCGGAGUUCAGCCCCGACGGUCAGAGCUACAGCUGGGAAGAUGUGGGGGAGCUGGUGGAGAUGUUAAAGAAAGAAUGGAACAUGCUGUGUAUUACAGACGUGGUGUAUAAUCACACUGCUGCUAACAGUGAGUGGAUCAAAGAACAUCCAGAGUGUGGGUACAACCUGGUGAACUCCCCCCACCUGCGACCAGCCUGGGUCUUAGAUAGAGCUAUCUGUCAUUUAACCACCAGAAUAGCAGAGGGACGCUACAAAGCUAAAGGACUACCUGCUGAUAUCACCAAUGAGAGUCAUCUGAAUGCCAUCCGUAGCGUGUUGUGGGAGGACGUGUACCCACAUAUCAAACUGUGGGAGUUCUACCAGGUCAAAGUGGACAAUGCUGUGGAGCAGUUCAGAAUCCUAUUACAAAAUGGCACUAAACCAGACCACAGUAAGACCGGAGAGAAGAAGGGCCUGAGGAUCAUUCAGGACCCCAAAUACCGUCGUUAUGGCAACACAGUGGACAUGGACUCCGCUCUGGAGACCUUUGUACCUCACAGCUCCUCCCCACAGCACAUUGAGGAGUGCUGUGGUUGGCUGAGACAGAAACUGAACGAGCUGAAUGAAGAACAGCACCACAUCAUGCACCAGCAUCAGGAGCAGGCUGCCAGCUGUAUUGUGGGAAACGUAUUGUACGAGCGUCUGGCAGACCACGGCCCCAAACUUGGUCCUGUUAGCAGGAAAGACCCUCUGAUUACCAGGUAUUUCACCUUCCCAUAUCAAGACAUGACUCUGGAGCAGGAGAUGAAGCUGCUGGACCAGCCAGAGAAGAUGUGUCACUUCCUGGCUCACAACGGUUGGGUGAUGGGAGACGAUCCACUGCGCAACUUUGCUGAGCCAGGCUCCAAUGUGUACGUGCGUCGGGAGCUGGUGUGCUGGGGCGACAGCGUCAAACUCCGCUACGGCAACGGGCCUGAGGACUGCCCCUACCUGUGGGCCCACAUGCAGAAAUACACCGAGAUCACAGCCAGAUAUUUCCACGGAGUCAGACUGGACAACUGCCACUCUACGCCGUUACACGUAGCCGAGGCCAUGUUAGAUGCAGCCAGAGCGGUCAGACCCAAUCUGUAUGUGAUAGCUGAACUGUUUACAGGCAGCGAGCUCGUUGACAAUGUGUUUGUGAACCGGCUGGGAAUUAGCAGCCUGAUACGAGAGGCCAUGUCAGCCGGCGACAGCCACGAAGAGGGCCGGCUGGUCUAUCGUUACGGAGGCGAGCCGGUUGGAGCUUGUGUUCAGCCCAGUCUCCGCCCACUGAUGCCCACCAUUGCCCAUGCCAUGUUUCUUGAUGUAACCCAUGACAACGAGUGUCCCAUACAGCUGCGUUCAGCUCUGGAUUCCCUCCCCAGUUCUGCUAUGGUCUCUAUGGCCUGCUGUGCUACUGGUUCCACCAGAGGAUAUGAUGAAUUAGUGCCACAUCAGAUCUCUGUGGUGAAGGAGGAGCGUUUUUACCCCAAGUGGAACCCGUCAGCGCCCCCCACUUCCACUGGUGAGGUUGGACCCCAGACUGGCAUCAUAGCUGGGAAACUGGCACUCAACAAGCUGCACCAGGAACUGGUUUUCCAGGGAUUCUCACAGGUGUUUGUAGACCAGGUUGAUGCGGAUAUUGUUGCAGUUACUCGACACUGUCCCAGCACACACCAGUCUGUGGUGACGGUGUGCAGGACAGCCUUCUGGAACCCCAAAACCCACCAGUACGACACCAACGUCCCACCCAUGUUCAUACCUGGGAAGAUAGAGGAAGUGGUACUGGAGGCGAGGACAGUGGAAAGGCCUGCUGGGAGUUAUAAGAAGGAUGACAAACACAUCAACGGCAUGCCAGAAUACACUGUGGAAAUAAAGGAGCAUAUAUCGUUACAGGAGAGUACAGUGGUGAAGCAAGCUGGAGUGAUAUCUAAAGAUCGAUCAGAGUUUGUGCAGGAGAUCACCUUUCAGAAGUUGACACCUGGCAGCGUCAUCGCCUUCAGGGUUAGUUUGGACCCCAAGGCCCAGAAGUUGGUGGGGGUGUUGAGGUAUUAUCUGACACAGUUCAGCCCAAAAUAUAGGAGAGGCAGUGCAGUAGAUGAUAACCCACCAGAAGCACUGCAGAAACCCCUGGCACAGCUGAUGUCCAAGCUGACGUUAGCAGACCUGAAUGUCCUGCUGUUCCGCUGCGACGCAGAAGAACAAGAAGAUGGUGGAGGCUGCUACAGUAUUCCAGGAUGGGAGAGCUUCAAAUACGCUGGACUACAAGGUCUGAUUUCAGUGCUGGCUGAAAUCCGUCCCAACAAUGACCUGGGCCAUCCUGUGUGUGCUAACCUCAGACAAGGGGACUGGCUGAUCGACUUUGUCUCCAACAGACUGAUACGCAGAGAGGAACCACUGGCACAGGUGGGUCAGUGGUUGGGAGCUAUGUUUGCCUACCUGAAACACAUCCCACGCUACCUCAUCCCCUGUUACUUUGAUGCCAUCCUGGUUUCAACCUACACUACAGCCCUGGACGCAUCUAACAAACUCAUGUCCAGUUUCAUCCAGAACGGCUCCAGCUUUGUUCGCUACCUGGCGCUGGGUUCAGUUCAGAUGUGUGGCGUCGGACACUUGCCCGCCCUCCCUCCCCUUUCUACGAAACUCGAGGACGUUCCCUACCGUGUCAGUCCAAUCACAGGCCAGAAGGAGCAGUGCUGUGUCUCAUUGGCUGCAGGUCUUCCUCAUUUCUCCGCUGGGAUUUUCCGUUGCUGGGGCAGAGAUACUUUCAUCGCUCUCAGAGGACUGAUGCUGCUCACCGGGAGACACACCGAGGCUCGUAACAUCAUCCUGGCCUUUGCGGGAACGUUGCGUCACGGUUUGAUCCCCAACCUGCUGGGCGAGGGUCGCUGUGCUAGAUUCAACUGUCGUGAUGCUGUGUGGUGGUGGCUGCAGUGCAUCCAGGACUAUGCUACCCACGUUCCUCAAGGGCAGGAAAUCCUUCGCUGCCCCGUCACACGCAUGUACCCUACUGAUGACUGUGAACCCAAGACACCUGGAGAGGUGGAGCAGCCUCUGUAUGAUGUGAUCCAGGAGGCUCUGCAGCGCCACCUAGAGGGAAUUUCUUUCAGAGAGAGAAACGCUGGACCCAAGAUAGACAUGCACAUGAAAGAUGAAGGGUUCAACGUGGUCACUAAGGUGGAUCCGGCCACAGGUUUUGUGACUGGAGGAAACCGCUUUAACUGUGGCACAUGGAUGGACAAAAUGGGAGAGAGCGAGAGAGCGAAGAACAAAGGCAUGCCUGCUACCCCAAGAGAUGGAGCGGCGGUGGAGAUAGUCGGUCUCAGUAAGUCAGCUGUUCGCUGGGUCGUGGAGCUCCAUGCCGAAGGACUGUUCCCUUAUGAUGGAGCCAAAGUACACAGAGAUGGUAAAGAAGUGUUCAUCUCGUACUCCCAGUGGAACCAGCAGCUCCAGCAGUCCUUUGAAGCAGGUUACUGGGUGUCUGGCGACCCAAAUGACCCCAAUGAGAAGCACCCUGAUCUGGUGCACAAAAAAGGCAUCUACAAGGACAGCUAUGGAGCCUCCAGCCCCUGGUGUGACUACCAGCUGAGACCCAACUUCACUAUUGCCAUGGUGGUGUCUCCAGAGCUGUUCACAGUGGAGAGAGCCUGGAAGGCUCUGGAGGUGGCUGAGAAGAAACUACUGGGACCACUGGGAAUGAAGACACUUGACCCUGAUGACAUGGUGUACUGCGGUGUCUAUGACAACGCUCUGGACAACGACAACUACAACCUGACAAAAGGCUUCAACUACCACCAAGGACCGGAGUGGCUGUGGCCGGUAGGCUACUUCCUGCGUGCUAAACUCUACUUUGCCAAGAAGCUGGGAGAAGAAACGUACUCUAAAACAGUCACCCUGGUGAAAAAUGUUCUGUCCCGACAUUACACCCACCUGGAGAGGUCUCCAUGGAAGGGCCUGCCAGAGCUGACCAAUGAGAAUGGCCAGUGCUGCCCGUUCAGCUGUGAGACCCAAGCCUGGUCUCUGGCCACUGUGCUGGAGAUCCUCUACGACCUCUAAAUGCCCCCCCCCCCCACCUCCCCCCACCACCCCACCACCCCACCCAGCCCCUGGUGUGAAGCAGAAUCCCUGGGCUGAAGAAGAAGGAGGUCACUUUGAAACACGGAGCUAGCUUUGA